GAAAUGGGGAAGAUGGCGGCGGCCGUGAGUUCAAUGGCCACCCUGGCCACAGAGCCUGGGGAGGACGCCUUUCGGAAACUUUUCCGCUUCUACCGGCAGAGCCGGCCGGGGAGCGCGGACCUGGGAGGAGUCAUCGACUUCUCGGCGGCCCGCGGCCCGCGACCCGGCGCCAUCAAGGUGGUCCGAUCUCAGCUAAAUGUGUCCUCAGUCAGUGAGCACGAUGCCUGCAGAGCAGGACUUCAGCCCGUCAGCAAGUGGCAAGCCUAUGGACUCGAAGGCUAUCCUGGAUUUAUUUUCAUCCCAAACCCCUUCCUCCCAGGGUAUCAAUGGCAUUGGGUGAAGCAAUGCCUUAAGUUGUACUCCCAGAAACCUAAUGUGUGUAACCUAGACAAGCACAUGACUAAAGAAGAGACUCAAAAUCUGUGGGAACAGAGCAAAGAGCUUCUGAGGUGUAAAGAGGUGAAUAAGCGCAAACCCCGAAGUUUACUAGAGAAACUGCGCUGGGUGACCCUGGGCUAUCAUUAUAACUGGGACAGUAAGAAGUACUCAGCAGAUCAUUACACACCUUUCCCCUCUGACCUGGCUUUCCUCUCAGAGCAAGUAGCUGCUGCCUGUGGGUUUCAGGGUUUCCGAGCGGAAGCGGGCAUCCUGAAUUACUACCGCCUAGACUCCACACUGGGGAUCCACGUCGACAGAUCCGAACUCGACCACUCCAAACCCCUGCUAUCAUUCAGCUUUGGACAGUCUGCCAUCUUUCUCCUGGGUGGGCUGAAAAGAGAUGAGGCCCCUACAGCCAUGUUUAUGCACAGUGGUGACAUCAUGGUCAUGUCAGGUUUCAGCCGCCUGUUGAACCAUGCAGUUCCUCGCGUCCUUCCGCAUCCUGGCGGGGAAGGCCUACCUCACUGCCUGGAGACAUCUCUCCCAGCUGUCCUCCCCAAAGAUUCACUAAUCGAGCCCUGUUCUGUGGAAGACUGGCAGGUGUGUGCCAGCUACUUAAAAACUGCUCGUGUUAACAUGACCAUCCGUCAGGUACUGGCCCCAGAUCAGGCCUUUCCGUUGGAUCCCGUGGAGGAGACAAAAGGAGACAUCACCACCGAUGGUUCCUGCCAUCUGGAUGACCAGAGAAGCCAAGUAAAACGAGCCAGGCUAAGUCCUGACAGCUGAGACAUGGAGGUCCCAUUCUCUUCCUCAGGCAGCUCUUCUUUUGUCAUGGACUCUAGCUCUAAGAUCAGCAAAAAACGAAGACAGGGACACCAAUCGUGCUGUUGUCUUGUCACCCACCUUGAAAAGUUAACUGAUUACCAUUUGGUCAGAGAAGUAUUUUAUUUAGUCUACUUCCAGAUAGAUGUCAUCAGUAAUGUGUGUUGCUCAUACAUCAUGGAGGUAUGAUAAUCCACACAGACCUCUCCACCUCUGCCAUUAUUGCCUCUGAGGAAAGGGGAAGUGAGUAUACAUCUCUGUGGAGUGUCAAGAGCGUAGAUUUUAUUCAGAAAUGUAGUAACCCUCCCUCAUGGCGUCUAACAACUUGUGGUCUUAUGAACCAACCAUUCGGCUCAUCUUCACUCCUCCCGUAGUCACCGAAUUCUCUGGUUCUCACAGAGGAAUCUGAGGCACAUGAAGAAUUGGAACUGUUGUCCAUCACAGCCAUCACUAUUGUUUAGAUUUAUGUGAGCCAAAGGAAGGAAAGGGAAACAGUAGUUUCUCUGCAUGUCUUUGAGGUCUCCAAACUGUCCUGGUUGGCCUUUUAAUGCAUUUUUAAUUGUUGAACUAAGAAAGUCUCCAGGGUGUUCUGUUAACUGUUUUCUCCAUGAAUAAACUUACUUUAAAUUAAA